AUGUUCUCUCGUGCCUUCGUUGCCCUGGCGUUGACAGCCACCAUCCCCGCAACCCUCGCGAACGUCUACGUGACCUCCCCCGUCAAGGGCACCACUUGGCCUGCUGGCCAGAACCAGACCAUCUCCUGGGAGGAGAGCGGCGCCGCGCCGACCCUUGACGCCUUUGGCCUUGCGGACGUUUCCAUCUAUGUGGGCAACCAGAUUCAGCAGACCUCUGUCCAGGCGAUCGCGACCAACGUGAACGUGUCCUCCACCAAGUCCAUCAUCUUCACUCCUAACCCGAGCGUGGGUCAGAGCGGUACAUUCUACUUCGUCCGCUUCGAAUCCACCACCGCCAAGGACCCGAACAACACCGCCUACCCCGCUGAGGCCUUCUCCGCCACCUUCGCCCUCUCCGGCAUGACCGGCACGUUCACUGCCGAGGAGCAAUCCCAGAUUAACGGCGCUUCGUCAUCGUCCGCCGCCGUAUCGCCAAGCACCGCCGCGGCCAGUUCGUCGCCGCUCGCCAACUCCGCCGCGACGCACUCCGCAUCGUCGAGCGCUUCUCCUAGCCAGAGCGCUGCCGCAGGUGCGGCGAACACGAACGGUGCCCGCUCGUUGGCGACUGGCAGCCUCGGUGCGUUCGCGGGUAUCGCGCUCGCGGUCGUUGGUGCAAUGGUGCUUUGA